AUGGGCGGUUCGCUGGGCAAUGAGACGCGCAUUUUGAUUCUUCUUGCGAUUGAUACGUUGUUUUUCUUUGUAGAGAUUAUUAGCGGCUAUGCCGUCGGCUCGCUGGCGCUCGUCGCGGACAGUUUCCACAUGCUGAACGACGUGAUGUCGCUGAUCGUCGCGCUGUACGCGGUCCGUCUCGUGAACAAAAACGACAAGCACCCCCUGUUCUCGUACGGCUGGCAGCGUGCCGAGAUCCUCGGCGCGCUCUUCAACGGCGUGUUCCUCCUUGCGCUGUGCUUUAGCAUCUUUAUGGAGGCUCUCGAGCGCUUCGUCAAGGUCCCCGAGGUGUCGAACCCCAAGCUGAUUGUGAUUGUCGGCUCGCUCGGCCUCACGUCGAACCUGAUCGGCCUCUGCCUCUUCCACGGCCACGGCCAUCCCCACGCCGGCCACAGCCACGGCCACGAACACGCUCAUACGCACGAACACGACGAGGAGAACGCCGGCGCGCACGACCAUGGCCACGGCGACGAGGAGGCGGCCGAGGAGCGGAUGCAGAACAACAUCAACGAACUCGUCAGCCACCCCGCGCGUGCGCGCGCCUUUAUCAUGAACAAAGCCCAGUCGCUUGGCUACGACUCCUCGUCCAAGAACGGCGAGCAGCAGAGUUUGCUGCGUGGCAAGCAGACUGCGCACUAUGGCGCGGCACAAACGCACGACCACGACCACGAUCACGACCACGAUCACGAGGAAGAGACGUCGGCGGCGGUGCGCCGCCACCGCCAGGCAACGGGCUCGUCGGGCCACUCGCACGAGAACAUGAACAUGACUGGCGUCUUUUUGCAUGUGCUCGGUGACGCGGUCGGCAACGUCGGUGUGAUCCUCACCGGCCUCUUUAUCUGGUUCACAGACUACUCGUGGCGCUUCUACGUCGACCCCACGAUCUCAUUGGUGAUUGCGAUCAUCAUCUUCCACUCGGCGCUUCCCUUGGUCAAGUCUGCGUCGUUUAUCCUGCUCCAGGGCGUGCCGACCUCGGUGUCGCUCGACGGCGUGCGCGAAUCGGUGCUCCGCAUCGACGGCGUGCUGAGCCUGCACGACCUGCACGUCUGGCAGCUGAACGAGUCCAAGAUUGUCGCGAGCCUGCACAUCCUCGUCGACUGCUCGAGCGAGCAGACAGCACGCUACAUGGAGAUUGCGAACCAGGUGCGCCGCGCUCUGCACCUCUGGGGCAUCCACUCUUCCACGAUCCAGCCCGAGUUUGUGUCGGGCGGUUUGAAGGAGGCCGCGCGCCUCAGCGGCGUCGAGGUCCGCAACAAGACCGACGCGCAAGGACGCCUACUCACCGCCGACGGCAACCUGGUCGAAAACGAGUUGUCGCAGGGCGACCCUGCGUGCCUGCUUGCGUGCGACGGCGAAGAGUGCCGCGACGCAACGUGCUGCCAACUCGCUCCGCCGGGGUCGAGCACGGCCAAGGCCUCGCCGGAGCACCCUCCGUCUACAUAG